AUGUCUUACGGCGGAUACAGCAGCGGCUCCGGUCGCGGUGGCUCUUACGGCGGUGGUCGUGGCGGCUACGGCGGUGGCUCCAGCAGCUACGGCAACGGUGGCGGCAGCUACGGCGGCGGCUCUUCGUAUGGCGGCGGUAGCUCGUACGGCAACGGCGGUGGCGGAUACGACGGCGGAUACGGUGGAGGCUACGGAGGUGGCUACGGCGGCAGCGGUGACCGCAUGAGCAACCUUGGCAGCAACCUCGGCGCCGUCGACUGGAACUCGGUCGACCUCGUCAACUUCGAGAAGAACUUUUACGUCGAGGACCCGCGUGUCACCGCCCGCAGCGAGGCCGAGGUGCAACAGUACCGCGCCUCCAAGCAGAUGACUAUCCAAGGCCAGAACGUGCCCAAGCCUGUCACCUCGUUCGACGAGGCUGGUUUCCCCGAUUACAUCCUCUCGGAGAUCAAGAAGAUGGGUUUCAGUGAACCUUCGUCCAUUCAGUCCCAGGCCUGGCCCAUGGCCCUCAGCGGUCGCGACCUCGUCGCCAUCGCCGAGACCGGUUCUGGUAAGACCAUCGGUUUUGCCCUGCCCGCCAUGGUCCACAUCAACGCCCAGCCGCUCCUCAAGCCCGGCGACGGUCCCAUCGCCCUCAUCCUUGCUCCCACCCGUGAGCUUGCCAACCAGAUCCAGGUCGAGUGCAACCGCUUCGGUGGCUCCAGCCGCCUCCGCACCUGCGCCGUCUACGGUGGUGUCCCCAAGGGCCCCCAGAUCCGCGACCUCCAGCGUGGUGCCGAGAUCUGCAUCGCUACGCCCGGUCGUCUGAUCGACAUGGUGGACGCUGGCAAGACCAACCUGCGUCGUGUCACCUACCUCGUCAUGGACGAGGCCGAUCGCAUGCUCGACAUGGGUUUCGAGCCCCAAAUCCGCAAGAUCCUGCAGCAGAUCCGCCCUGACCGACAGACGCUCAUGUUCUCGGCCACCUGGCCCAAGGAGGUGCAGCGUCUUGCCGGCGACUUCCUCAACAACUUUGCGCAGGUCAACAUCGGCUCCACCGAGCUCGCUGCCAACCACAACGUCAAGCAGAUCAUCGAGGUCUGCACCGAGUUCGAGAAGAGGGGCAAGCUCAUCGGUCACCUCGAGGCCAUCUCUGCUGAGAACGGUAAAGUGAUCAUCUUCACCAGCACCAAGCGUGUCGCCGACGACCUCACCAAAUUCCUCCGUCAAGACGGCUGGCCCUCGCUCGCCAUCCACGGUGACAAGCAGCAACAGGAGCGUGACUGGGUUCUCGCCGAGUUCAAGUCCGGUCGAAGCCCCAUCAUGGUUGCAACCGCUGUCGCAUCUCGCGGUCUCGACGUGAAGGACAUCUCGUAUGUCAUCAACUACGACUUCCCUACCAACACGGAGGACUACGUGCACCAGAUCGGCCGUACCGGUCGUGCCGGACGCACUGGUACCGCCUACACGUACUUCACUCCCGAGAACUCCAAGUCGGCGCGAGAGCUGAUCGGCAUUCUGCGUGAGGCCAAGCAGGAGAUCCCGCGUGAGAUUGAGGAGAUGGGUCGCUUCGGCGGUGGAGGCGGCGGCGGCCGUGGCUUCCGCGGCCGAGGCCGUGGUCGCGGCCGUGGCGGUUUCGGUGGCGGAGGACGCACGGGCGCCAACUCGUACAGCGUUGGCGGCAACUCGAGGUGGUAA